UACAGUGUUACCAGACUUCCGCCCCUUAGAGUUUGUAUUUUUUAUUUGGGAAGCUCAGAAACAAAAGAAAUUGCAAUUUAGCCGCACAGCAGACGGCGCAAAUCCAGAUCCAGGAUGAGGAGCUUGGAGGAGAUCAAGGCGGAGUACCCGCUGCACUGGCACAUCUGGCACAACGAACUGGAGCAGUUGCAGGCGGCCAUCGACCAGAACGAUAAGGAGAAAAUCGAUCCCCGCGGACGGACGCCGUUGAUGCUGGCCGUGAGAUUGGCCAAUUUACCAUGUGUUAAAUGCCUUUUGGCGGCCAAGUGCAAUGCCACCUACGAGCACGAAGGCUGGUCCAUUGUCCAGGAAGCCGUUUGUACCGGUGAUGUCGACAUCCUGACGGCUAUCAUCGAGGUUCGGGAUCUCCAACGUCAUGUCCAGCGAGUCACGCAUGUGCCCAAGCUGCUGCAGCACCUACUAGAUGCCCCCGACUUCUACAUCGAGAUGAAGUGGGAGUUUACUUCCUGGGUGCCUCUGAUGUCACGGCUCUGUCCUAGCGACACCUACAAGGUCUACAAGCGCGGAGCCAACGUCCGGAUAGAUACCACCCUCCUGGGCUUUGACAACAACACCUGGCAACGGGGUAAUCGCUCUUACAUCUUCAAGGGAGCCAAAGAAACUGCCACGAUGAUCGAAAUUGAUCACGACACAAAUGAGGUAAUGGUAGAGGAAAUGAGCAGCGACAUCGGCGACAUUGUAGCCAUUCCACCAGCCUUGGGAACAGUGAGGGCCCGUCUCAAUGCCCCAGUGAUCACCAACAACAUCGAGAUGGAUAAGAUCAGUUUUGAGCGCAACAAGUCUGGAAUUUGGGGCUGGCGUAGCGAGAAAUCCGAAGUGAUCAACGGUUACAAUUGCAAGGUAUAUGGGGCCAGCAAUGUGGAGUUCGUGACCAAGACGCGAAUGGAUCACCUUAGCGAGGAUCAGAUCAAGAACAAGACAGCGAGGACGCCACUUCAUAGUCUGCUGGGAAUCGCCGAUGAGGAUUAUGUGUCCCCCGCUGAUGCCGCUGCGGCACUCAAAGAUCGCACACCCUCGCCCCGUUUGGGGGAAGGUUCCGUUGCCGGAGCUGAAAAUGGAGGCCGAGUCUCACCAGCCCCUGGAAAUCCGAUCAACGGAAGCUCCGCCUGUGCAUCGGGCACAAGUACACCAAAGUCUUCUGUUACACCAGAGGAGUACUUCACUCCGGAGGUGGAUCUUCACGGUAGGGACGUUGGAGGUCCCAAGAACUUAAGCACAAAGGUGCAGCGCUUCAAGGCCAAUUUGUGGUUGGCCGAGGAGCAUCCCAUUCGACUGCAGGAACAGGUGCUUCCCAUCCUGGACCUUAUGUCCACCAUGGCUAGUCCCCAUGUGUCCAAGCUGAGAGACUUUAUUACCAUGCAGCUGCCUGCCGGUUUUCCUGUCAAAGUGGAAAUCCCGCUCUUCCAUGUUCUAAAUGCUUGUAUUACAUUUGGAAAUGUGUUUGCUUUAACCACACCCGUGGAGCACGUAUCCACGCUGCAGGAGCAAGAUCGAGUCACCUGUCUGGUAGACGAUCGUUGCUUUGAUGUCCCUGCCCACUACACAAACAGAGGCAGCGAUGUCCGUCGUCAGAUUCCUCUAGAUGAGGAUGAUAUGCUGCAGUACGCUAUAGAACAGAGCUUGGCCGAAACAAGCGGCGCUUGUGGAGUGGACGCCAGGGACGACGACAAGGUGGAUAUAUGGGAAGUGUUAAGGGGCCAAAACGUCGUUGGAUCAGAUCUCCUCCCGGAAGAUGACGAGCAGCUGCAACGAGUCCUACAGGAAUCAUUGCUGGGUGCUCAUGCGAAUCCACAAAGUGGUUCGCCCGCCUCCGAAGACGACGACGAUGGAGGAUUCCGGUAUGUGGAUCCGGACUUAGCCAUGGCCAUGCGACUGUCCCAACAAGAACAAAGAAAGUUUGAGCUGGAGCGGCAGCAGGAGCAGGAGAUGAUCGAACAGGCUCUUAAGCUCAGUCUGCAGGAGCACUAAUAUUGUAACAGCGAUUCCAAAUUGAAGUUCUAUUGAUUUCUAGUGUAAACUUUGGACUAAGUUGUAUAAAAAAUACGAGUACUUUAAGUUCCCCUUGCACCAUUGUCCGCCCCAAGUCCUUGUUUUGAAUUGUGAUACAAGCGGGACGCAAGCGGAAAGCUGUCGCCUGGUCUCAACUCGUCCACUCGCAACCGAAGGAUCCACCCUAUCUAUAUAAACCAUGAAUCCAAAGUAGUCCUCGUAGCUGUAGCUUUUGCAAAUGUAUCUAGUAUCUGUUAGAUACGAUCUUAAAAUUAAGUCCAUGUGGUAGCGAAAGGUAUAACGCGUAUCUUCCGCUUCGGUUAGAAGUACCAUGGCAGAUCUCUAACCGAUCGACCACAUGUGUGCGUGUCCUUAAUCUGUAUCCACUAAUCAGCAUUACCCAUAAUUUAUACUAAUAUACCCAAAAACCACAUCAUGCGCAUGUAAGCUGUCACUUUUUUGUGUAAAUGAAGAAAAUAUAUGAAAUAAUCAUCAAGAAAA